UGGCACAUAACACUGAGGUUGAUGAACAUGAAAGAGAUAACAAAGCCAACCAGAAAGUUUCAUUCCACAAACUCUUUACUUUUGCUGAUAGUCUUGAUGUAACAUUGAUGAUCAUUGGCACCAUCUCUGCCGUUGCUAAUGGUAUGACACAGCCUAUCAUGACUCUCAUUCUUGGCAAAAUCAUCAAUACCUUUGGCUCAAUAGAUCCUCACCACAUAGUCAAAGAAGUUUCUAAGGUUUCAUUAUUGUUCAUUUACCUGGCUGCUGGAUCUGGAAUAGUAUCAUUCCUACAGGUAUCAUGUUGGAUGGUGACAGGAGAAAGACAAUCUGCAAGGAUUCGUAGUUUGUACUUGAAAACCAUAUUAAAGCAGGAUAUUGCAUUCUUUGACACUGAAACAAACACAGGAGAAGUAAUUGGUAGAAUGUCUGGUGACACAAUUCUCAUUCAAGAUGCCAUGGGAGAAAAGGUUGGGAAGUUUAUUCAACUUGCUGCAACAUUUUUUGGUGGCUUUGCGGUUGCCUUCAUAAAAGGAUGGAGACUAGCUGUAGUUUUGGUUGCAUGUAUACCUUGUGUUGUUGUGGUUGGUGGAUUCAUGUCUAUGUUGAUGGCCAAAAUGUCGUCUCGUGGGCAAGCCGCUUAUUCAGAAGCAGGAAAUGUUGUUGAUCAAACAGUAGGGGCCAUCAGAACAGUUGCAUCUUUUACCGGGGAGAAAAAAGCAAUUGAAAAUUACAAUAGUAAGUUAAAAGUUGCUUAUACUACAACAGUUCAACAAGGAAUUGCCUCGGGGUUAGGAAUGGGGACACUGUCUUUGAUUGUCUUUAGCACUUAUGGACUGGCCAUGUGGUAUGGUUCCAAGUUAGUCCUGGAGAAAGGAUAUACUGGUGGAAUUGUCAUGGUUGUUAUCAUAGCUCUCAUGACUGGUGGAAUGUCAUUGGGUCAGACAUCACCAUGCUUAGAUGCAUUUGCUGCAGGCCAAGCAGCAGCAUAUAAAAUGUUCGAGACAAUUAAAAGAAAGCCUAAAAUUGAUGCAUAUGACACAAGUGGUACUGUCUUGAAAGACAUAAAUGGAGAUAUUGAACUUAAAGAUGUUUAUUUCAGUUACCCUGCAAGGCCUGAUGUGCAGAUCUUUGAUGGUUUCUCAUUGUUUGUUCCAAGUGGCACAACUACUGCUUUGGUGGGUCAAAGUGGAAGUGGAAAGUCCACUGUAAUCAGUUUAUUGGAAAGAUUCUAUGACCCUGAUGCCGGAGAAGUACUUAUAGAUGGUGUGAAUUUGAAGAACUUGCAACUUAAAUGGAUAAGAGAACAAAUUGGACUGGUUAGUCAAGAACCUAUCUUGUUUACCACUACUAUCAGAGAGAACAUAGCAUAUGGGAAAGAAGGUGCAACUGAUGAAGAGAUAACAACAGCUAUAACACUUGCAAAUGCCAAGAAUUUCAUUGACAAACUUCCUCAGGGUCUUGACACUAUGGCAGGGCAAAAUGGGACUCAACUUUCUGGUGGACAAAAGCAAAGAAUUGCAAUUGCUAGGGCAAUAUUGAAGAACCCAAGAAUCCUUCUUCUCGAUGAAGCAACAAGUGCAUUGGAUGCUGAGUCUGAACGUGUUGUUCAAGAAGCAUUGGAAAAAGUUAUGACACAAAGAACUACCGUAGUUGUUGCACAUCGUUUAACAACUAUAAGAAAUGCUGACCUAAUUGCAGUGGUUCAUCAGGGAAAAAUCGUGGAAAAAGGAGCACACGAUGAGUUAAUCAAGGAUGACGAUGGUGCAUAUUCUCAGCUCAUUCGUCUACAAGAAGGAGAAAAAGAAAACCAAAAGUCUGAAGCAGAUAAUUCAAGUCACAUUUUUAAUAGUGAAAUGUCUAGAUCUUCUAACCGGAGAAUUUCCCUUGUGAAAUCAAUAAGCCAAAGAUCAUCAGGGAGACACUCCCAAUCAAAUAUAUUUCCUCUUCCUCAUGAAAGUGGUGUACAAACAGAUGAACCAAAUAUUGAAGAAGGUCAACUUGAUAAUAAAAAGAAACACAAAAACGUUUCUAUAAGACGUUUGGCCUACCUGAACAAACCUGAGGUUCCUGUCUUACUUCUUGGAUCUAUUGCUGCAAUAGUGAACGGUGCAGUGUUCCCUGUAUUUGGCCUAGUGUUUUCAUCAGCCAUUACUAUGUUUUAUGAACCUCCAAAACAACAAAGGAAAGAUGCUAGGCUCUGGUCACUUCUAUAUGUGGGUCUAGGUUUGGUAACUCUAGUGAUUUUACCACUGCAGAAUUACUUCUUCGGGAUUGCAGGUGGAAAACUUGUAGAAAGAAUCCGUUCAUUGACAUUUGCAAAAGUUGUGCACCAAGAAAUAAGUUGGUUUGACGACCCUGCAAAUUCAAGUGGUGCAGUUGGUGCAAGGUUAUCCACCGACGCUUCAACUGUGAAAAGUCUUGUUGGUGACACAUUGGCUCUCAUAGUGCAAAACCUAUCAACAAUCACAGCUGGUCUAAUUCUAGCAUUCACUUCUAAUUGGAUUCUGGCUUUUAUAGUUUUGGCUGUUUCACCAGUGGUACUUAUACAAGGAAUUAUUCAGAUGCAAUUUCUUAAAGGAUUCAGUGGAGACGCCAAGGUGAUGUAUGAAGAGGCAAGUCAGGUGGCAAAUGAUGCUGUUGGUAGCAUAAGAACUGUUGCAUCAUUUAAUGCAGAAUCAAAGGUGAUGGAUAUGUACCAGAAGAAAUGUUCAGGGCCAGAAAAACAAGGUGUUCAUUCAGGGCUUGUGAGUGGUGCAGGAUUUGGUUUCUCUUUUGUCGCUCUAUAUUGCAUGAGUGCUUUUUGUUUCUACAUAGGAUCUGUCCUAGUGCAACACGGGAAAGCAACUUUUCAAGAAGUUUUCAAGGUUUUCUUUAGUUUAACUAUAACAGCAGUAGGCAUUUCACAGUCUAGUACCUUGGCACCCGACACUAAUAAGGCCAAAGAUUCUGCAGCUUCAAUAUUUGAAAUUCUAGACAGUAACCCUACUAUCGACUCCAGCAGCAAUGAAGGUGUCACAUUAGAAACAGUCACAGGCGAUAUUGAACUUCAACAUGUCAGCUUCAAUUACCCAACAAGACCUCACAUUCAAAUUUUCAAAGAUUUAUGUCUAUACAUCCCUGCCGGAAAGACUGUUGCUUUGGUUGGAGAAAGUGGCAGUGGAAAAUCAACAGUUAUAAGUCUCUUAGAGAGAUUUUAUAACCCUGACUCUGGACGUAUAUUACUAGAUGGAGUGGAUAUAAAAACUUUCAGACUAAGCUGGUUGAGACAACAGAUGGGUUUGGUUGGUCAAGAGCCUAUUCUUUUCAACGAAAGCAUUCGUGCCAACAUAGCUUAUGGCAAAGAAGGAGGUGCUAUGGAGGAUGAGAUAAUUGCAGCAGCUAAAGCAGCCAAUGCACACAAUUUCAUAAGCUCUCUUCCAAAUGGUUAUGACACCUCUGUCGGGGAAAGAGGCACACAGCUAUCAGGAGGACAGAAGCAGCGUAUUGCUAUUGCAAGAGCCAUGCUGAAAAACCCCAAAAUACUUUUGCUUGACGAGGCGACAAGUGCACUUGAUGCUGAGUCAGAGCGUAUAGUUCAAGAGGCUCUAGAUAGAGUGAGUGUGAACAGAACUACUGUGGUGGUGGCUCACCGUCUUACAACAAUUCGAGGGGCUGAUACUAUAGCCGUGAUUAAAAAUGGGGUGGUGGCUGAAAAGGGAAGACAUGAAGUGUUGAUGAAGAUUACUGAUGGUGUUUAUGCUUCAUUAGUAGCUCUUCAUUCAAGCGCAUCAUAAGAUAUUUCAUAUCAUCUUAACUACUCCUCUAACAUCUUUGAAGUUCUUCUAGAUCGCAAGAAUAAGAUCUAAAGUCUCAGCAUCAAUAUCAUAUGUUAUAUCAAAAUCCUCCCUAUCGUUUUUGUUGUUUAUUACUAUGACCAUUUAUUUGUAUUACUAUGUUCAUGAAAAUUCUGCUGUGUACCAAUUACAUUUUAUUAAGCCAUGUUUAAUUUA